AUGGCGAUCAACCGACUCCUUCCCCUAUUCGCCUUCGCAUUUCUAUCCACCAUCGCCGUUUCUUCUUCAUAUAACCCGGAAUUUUCACCCUCGCCGUCUCCCGCUCCACAACUAGGUUCAGAUGACUCACCGUCAGUCCCCGAGUCAUCCCCUUCGCCUUCAAUUGGUUUACCACCUGCGCCUCCACCGUCAGAUCUGUCUCCGUCUCCGUCAUUGGAUGUGUUUUCGCCUCCGUCUUCUUCUCCGGCGCCAUCGCCGUCUUAUUUCUCUGCACCGUCACCGUCACCGUCUGAGGCUAGUGAUAUAUCCGCUGAUGUGAAGAAUAUUGACGAAACCAUGGACUCGUCUCCUGGAGGAAUGAGCGGAGGGAAGAAGGCAGGGGUUGCGUUUGGAGUGAUCGCUGCCGCGUUUUUCGUUGGAUUUGGUGGAAUUCUGUACCGGAAGCGCCAACAGAAUAUUCGACGAGCGCAGUACAGUUACGCUGCAAGAAGCGAUUUCCUGUAG